AUGUUUCCAGUUCUCCUUCAGCUGUAUCUUGCUAUUUGGUGCGCUUCAGGUAAGAUAGCCGCCACCAAAUAGGGAAGACAUGAAUGAAAUGUUUGGAAGUGAAAUCACGGUUCUGAAGGCUUCUGAGCAGGAGCCACAAUAAACCCUCUCUUUUAGUGAACUGCUAUCCCCGUAGGCGCCUUUUCUUGAGAGACUAUCGACACUUUUUUUGCAGUUACCUGUACAAGUGAACAAGUGGCCGAACUGCAACCACCCCAACCUUAAAAGUAAUUUUUUUUCUUUAGCGAACAAAAACCCUUUUCGAACAAGAGUAAAUAUCUUAACGAUUUUCUUCUGUGGUUGUGUCACCGAUUAAAGGCAACAUGGUGGUCCAACGUUACUGACCAAACAUGCAAGAGUAAUGGACCAACAUGUUGGAAGUCGUGUUAAAAGGGCCCUUUUUACAGCCUAGACAUUUCUUUCAGUUCAGUCAGAAAAACACCCCAUACAGGAUGUUCAGGAUGGUGAUGAUCUGAGUGAUAAGUUAUUAAUGCAAACGCUACAAGGUGUUCAUAAAAGCCUCGGUAAGUAAACUUAAAUAUGGCUCGUGACGAUAAUGAUCAAACCGUCUUUUUCUUCUACACCAAACUAUGCUGAGCAGGUUUACGAUAGAGGGAACGGAAACCCUCGGGGGACUCCCGUAUAAACGUAAAGGGGAUACUAGUCUGGAAACUAAAAUUAAACCACCUAAGGGAGACCAAUGUGGGUGUGGCUGAAGCUUAAACUGACCCCUAAAGGGGACCAUACUAAAACAGACAUCUAAAUAAGAGCUAGUGUUUUGUGUCGUGCCCAGCAUGUCGAGUUCUUUUUUAAACGUUAGAUUUCUGUGUGGUCGAAGUCACGGCAUUUUUCGUAAAUUUCUUUACUCACAGCCCUUUAGGAGCGACAAACGACAAGACGACAAGAUCAUACCUCUGAGCCACUACUGUACAACAAACUACGAGAAUAAUCAGUAUUUUCUUUAUAGAGUCAUAACAUUAAAACAGGCGAAGGAGAAGCAAAGGGACAAGAUUGAACAUGAGAACUUUGAAAUUUCUUAUUCGUUAAGUGUUGAUUUACACCUUUUGUCACUUAAUUCCAAUUUUUAAAUCCAACAACAAGAACCCCCUGUGUUUAAGUGUUUGAUUCGCCGAAGCUUAGUAAUUACCGGCUCUGUCACAUCAUUUGCAAUCUUUCACAAAAGCUAAACCAAGUACUGCUCCCAUGAGGGUAGUCUUUGCAUGUCAAUUGCAUUCCAAAAAUAAUGUUCCAGUUUUUUUGUUUGGGCCUAGGCGAGAAAACUUAAAUUUAAAUGUCGUCCUUUAAUCAAAAGCUCUCUAUGAAUCUAAUAGCACAAAUACAACAUUUCCAACAAGUCCCCUAACGGUUUUGAUGAUAGUUGUAAUGAAUUAAAUUUUUCCUUUCUUGAACACGUUUUAAAAAGCUCCUUGUCCCAGUGGCUGGACGCAGUUCAAACGCUUUUGUUACCUGGUCGAAAGCACCAUCAAGACUUGGCACCAGGCCCAAACGUACUGCAAAGGACUGGGAGGAGAACUGGUGAAGAUCAACAGCUUCGAAGAAAACGAGUUCGUACUGCAGUUAGUCAAAAAACAAGCGCCAUUACUGAAUCAAGCUUGGAUCGGACUCAAGUGGAGCCCGAGAUUCAACGGUUUCAUCUGGUCUGAUAACUCAAUUCCAGUCUUUAAGUAUUGGGCUCCCUUCGAACCGAAAGGAAAAGCCCGGGAACCAUGA